AUGUCCCAAUAUCUCUCGGAGCUUUCUACGACUCCCAAACGCCAAUUUUUUAGCUUUAUGCAGCGGGGAAAUUUGUUUGCCCGCCUGCAACAACAUCAACUCCGCGAGCCAGACAGACCAUCAGGUAGACUGGUAAAGAUCGUAGCUAAAGAGCCGACAGAGCUUGUCGAACAAUGGAUUAUGGAACUCUCGAGUGCCGUGGCAUGGUUCGAAUCUCUUGGAUAUGCCCAUACCGAUAUUCGGCCAGAGAACAUUAUUUUUGACAGCGACGAUCACCUUAGGCUCACGGAUUUUGAUAACGUGGAGAAAAUUGGAACGAGAGCCUCUGGCUGUGCGCCGCCGUGGGCUCGUUGCCUAGGUUCUGAAGCAGGCGAUGGACGUGGGAGCUUUGGGGAAAAUGGCGCGAGAUACGAAUCAUUUACUAUUGGGUCACUGCUAUACUUGAUGACGCGUGGCCACGAACCAUACGACGAUGCGAUAUUCGGACCGCAGGUUGGCGAGGCUAAAGGGAGACUUCUCCAGCUAAUGCUUUUUCCGUUAUUAGGCACUGAUGCUUUGGACAACAUUAUACGGAAAUGCUGGUAUGGUAACUACCAGCGGCUGGAGGAUCUUGCGGAGGAGUCCAAGUGUCUGCCGGGAGGUAGUACUCGACCUCGCGCUACCCCCCUCGAUCCGGAACUAUAUAAACAGACCCAAGAAGAGUGCCGACAACUGGUUGCUAGCGGCUUUCUCAAAAUGAAGAAGUGA